GCAUUAUGUUGUAAGCAGUACUGAUGGCGUAACUGUUGAGGGAGGUGGUUGUAAAGUACAAUUGGAAUGCUAUUCACUACAGAGCAGUCUUGAUUCUUCUUCUUUUUCAGAUUAUAGUGGGGCAUCAAAGUAGGUGAAUUUGUAACUCAUCUUUUGAAUGGGUAAUUCUAGAAUCCGACAACUAAUUCAAUGCCACAAUUCACAAAGAGGAUUCUUAUAUAUCUCCGUAAUACUACUAUAUUAGUAAAUCAUUUAGCUCCCAUGUAUCUUGACCCGUCGCAUGGUAUUACAUGAAGAUACGGUACUUAAUUACGUGACGUUUGCUGUACGGAUACAAAUAACGGGUGAAAGAAAUUUGAGAAAUGCGUCCGGUGACGUAUACUAGUAUUUACCAUUCACAAAGCUGUCGGGCGACGUAUAUUAUUGCCGGGUGCCGUAUAAGUUCCCCUAAUAAAUAACCAUAGAAUAAUCUUGGAUUCCACCUGCAUUUUUGGACAACCUUGGUGGAUGUGUGUGGACAUGUUUUGACUGUCCUAAAAUUCUGUAUUACCAGUUGACUCAUAGUAGUAUUUAUUGUCUCCACAUUUUCAAAUGCAACAUCUGUUGAGAUCUGGGUAUUAAUUGAGAAGUUGGGUUCUUGUUGUGAAAUCCAAAAACGCAAUGUGGUAACAGAUGGUGGUGGUGCAUCACAGUGUGAAUGAACAAGUGACCUUUUUAGAAUAUCCACUGUUUGACAAAGGCAUGAAGCGGCUAUUGCAUCACCAAGAUUUCUCUUUUCUGCUGCACAGUCCACUCCCUUUAAAUUAACUUGCUCACCGCCAUUUCUAUUGCCGGAGUGGGAGAGUUGUCAAGAACAUUAAGAGAGAGAGAGAGAGAGAGAGAGAGAGAGAGAGAGAGAGAUGCAGAGGAGUUUAAGCUUUGCCAUUGACAAUGGCAAUGCUAAUGAAAAGCUUGAUGAUGAUGGUCGCGCCAUUAGGACCGGUACUUUGAUGACUGCAAGUGCCCACAUAAUAACAGCAGUGAUAGGGUCGGGGGUGCUGUCCUUGGCAUGGGCUAUGGCUCAAUUGGGGUGGAUUGCUGGUCCAAUUGCUCUGGUUACAUUCUCUCUCAUCACUUGGUUCACUUCUGUUCUGCUUGCCGACUGCUACAGGCAUCCUGUCACAGGUAGCAGAAACCACACUUACAGUGAGGUCGUUAGAGCCAAUCUAGGAGGAAUCAAAAUCCAGCUUUGCGGAUUGGCUCAGUACACAAAUCUAAUUGGAACAAGCAUUGGAUACACAAUCACUACGGCUAUUAGCAUGGCGGCCAUUAAACGAUCUGAUUGUUUCCACAAGCACGGCCACGCUGCAGGGUGUCAUACAUCAAACAAUCUGUUCAUGAUGAUAUUUGGGGUAAUACAGAUUGUCCUCAGCCAAAUUCCAGACAUCAACGAGCUUUCGAUGCUCUCCAUAAUCGCAGCCGUCAUGUCCUUUACUUACUCUACCAUCGGCCUUGGUCUCUCCAUAGCCAAAAUUGCAGGAGGGGCACACGUGAAGACGAGCUUAACAGGAGUAUCUGUCAGGGAUGAGCCUUCAAGUUCACAGAAAAUAUGGAGCUGCUUCCAAGCCCUUGGAAACAUUGCAUUUGCCUAUGCUUACUCUCUUGUCCUUGUUGAGAUACAGGAUACACUGAAAUCUAGCCCACCGGCGAACACGGUGAUGAGAAAAGCUACCUUGAUUGGAAUCUCAAUCAGCACCACAUUCUACAUGCUAUGCGGAGUUCUGGGUUAUGCGGCAUUUGGGAACAAUGCACCUGGGAACUUUCUGACCGGAUUCGGUUUCUAUGAACCCUUCUGGCUGGUUGACUUCGCCAACUUGUGCAUUAUUGUUCAUCUUGUUGGAGCCUAUCAGGUAUAUGGUCAGCCUGUGUAUGGAUUUGUGGAAAGUUGGUGCCGGAAGAAAUGGCCGCAGAGUGGAUUCAUAGCAAGAGAAUACCCCAUUCCCAUACCAUUUGGAUCUACUUUUAACUUCAACUUCUUUAGGCUUGUCUGGAGAACAGCAUACGUAAUAUUCACAACAGUGGUCGCGACGAUGCUCCCAUUCUUCAACGAUUUCUUGGGUCUUAUGGGCGCUGCUACUUUCUGGCCAUUGACCGUGUAUUUUCCGAUUGAGAUGUACAUAUCAAAGGCACAGAUCCGUAGAUUUUCCCCCACAUGGAUUUAUAUGCAGCUACUCAGCAUGCUCUGCUUGAUUGUGUCACUUCUUGCUGCAGCUGGAUCUAUACAGGGCCUCAUCAAGUCUGUCCAGACCUACAAGCCUUUCCAAUCCAUAUCUUAG